AUGUCGAUAUCAUUGAAGCAGACGACGGCCUCACGUCUGGCCAAGACAAAGAAGCCGUUGUCAGAUAUGCAUCAAUUGCAGCGUGCAGUCAAGGAGCUGCAACGUGAAGCAGCGGACCAGUUAGUCCUUGAAGUCGAGUCUCAGGCGACAUUUGAGUUUCUAAACUCGCAGAUUCGUGCACUACGCAGUGCCUUUGACACUCUUUCGGAUGUUUUAAUGGCCGAAGUGGACGGCCUUCGCAAGGAAAUGACACGUAAACUUAGUGACAUGGACGCAGAAGUUGUGCGUCAAGGCGAGAUCCACAAAUCCACACACACGGAGGUGAUGCAACUGAAGCGGACGAUGGAGAUAUGGGGUCUCAAAGAGCGAGACUGGGCGAAAGAUAACGAGAUCCUAAAGGCUUCACACAGCCACAACGUCGAGUGGAUGCAGCAAUUGCAACGCGACGUAAUGGACGUCAAAGACCGACUUCACGAGAUCAAAAGUGACACAGGUAGUCGCAUCUCGGAGAUUUGUGAAGAGGCAAAUAGUCUGCGUAGGAAUUGGCAGAAGCAUGUCGACGACAUGUUAGAUCGUCUGCAGGAUUUCGAUACUGUCGCCCAGAGACAAGCAGCAGACGCCCGUGUACAGGCUCAUCAACGUACUGAUGAUCUGGAACUCAUGGAGCAGGCACUUGGUACAGUGCAGAAGCAGCAAACUCAAAUGCGUUCUGGACUGGAGAAGCAGACACAAAGCAUGACGUCUCAGAUCGAGCUGCUGGUCAAGAAACUCGAGAUUGCAGACGCACAAGCGAACGAUCAACGAGUUGCACUGGAGCAACUUCGAGCUAAGAACACUCUUAUGGACAAGGAGCAAAGACAACGCAUGGACAACAUCGGCAAGAUGUUCACGAUUUUCGCUGACGCACUCGAUAUCUCGCCAAAGAUGCUUGCAGCAGCUAGUUAA